UUUAGGGUUUUACUGCGGCGCAAAGAGGUAGACGAAUACAGCAAACAAAGAUGGCUACUGCUCCAGCGGAAUCCGUUCAAUGUUUCGGCCGGAAGAAGACGGCGGUGGCCGUUACCCAUUGCAAGCGAGGCCGCGGCCUGAUCAAGAUCAACGGCGUUCCUAUCGAGCUGGUCCAACCGGAGAUCCUCCGGUACAAGGCUUUCGAGCCAAUCCUGCUCCUUGGCCGCCACCGCUUCGCCGGAGUUGACAUGCGCAUCCGCGUCAAGGGAGGCGGUCACACCUCCCAGAUCUACGCUAUCCGUCAGUCCAUCGCCAAGGCCCUUGUUGCCUUCUACCAGAAGUACGUUGAUGAGCAGGCGAAGAAGGAGAUUAAGGACAUCCUGGCUCGAUACGACAGAACUUUGCUUGUUGCUGAUCCCAGGCGGUGCGAGCCCAAGAAGUUUGGUGGUCGUGGUGCUCGUUCUAGGUUCCAGAAGUCUUAUCGUUAAGUGUUUUCACUGUUACUUGUUUGUUCAAGUGGAUUUUGAGUAAGCCUAAUGCUUUGGAAAAUUGAAAUGUUUUCAUUUCCUGUUGGAUGAUUGUGGACCUUGUUAGGGUAUUACGAAUUACAGAUUUCCUGCUUAAUAGUUACUUAAUUAAGUUGUUAUUUGAGACUCGUUGGUAAUGUUUUAAUGCCCUGAUGUUAAAAUUUUGAGAUUCGAUAUCAAUGUUAUGGGCUUUUUUUUGUUCCUGUUCUGAAUCCACCCUGCUGUGAAUGUGGUCUUCCAUUCUUUGAUUUAGCCGCCUGUUUUGAGUUGUCCUGAAGGUUGGGCACUUAGGCUUGUUGACUGCCGAAUGUUAAUUUGUUUACUGGAAAUGUUCCAGUUAUUGAUGCACCUAAGAUUAUAGAUUUAGUUGAAUUGUUUUUUCUCCUGUGAUUGAUGUUCGAACUUAUUGGGGGCACCUCUGUCAUCACUUCAGUCUUUCGGUCAUUUGUCCUUCAACAAUGUUCAUUAAUUUACCUAGAAACUUUUAACCUUGAUUUCUGCACAAGUUUUCCUUUUUGCUGCCCUGUUUUGUUUCGAAACUUCUUAUUUCCAUGUUAGUUGGAUGAUAGACACAACCGAAUAAAACUUUUUAUUUCUGCACAAGCUUUGGAUUUUUUCCCCCUUUGUUGAAGUUUUAUUCGGCUGUGUCUUGCAUCUAUGUCCUCUGAGCCAAAUGUUGCAACAUCAAUAUCUUGGUGAAAGAGAUUAAUGCUUAGCUAUGUGC